GACGAUGUUCGGGUCGAGCCGCGGCGGCGUGCGCGGCGGGCAGGACCAGUUCCGCUGGGAGGACGUGAAGACGGACAAGCAGCGCGAGAACUACCUGGGCAACUCGCUGAUGGCGCCGGUGGGCCGCUGGCAGAAGGGCCGCGACCUCACGUGGUACGCCAAGGGCCGCGCGGGCGCCGAGGGCCCGAGCCGCGAGCAGGAGCUGGCGGCCGUGCGGCGGGCCGAGCGCGAGGCGCUGCUGGCCGCGCUGGGCUACAAGGACGUGCGGCGGCAGCCCACGGGCCUCAGCAAGGAGGACCUGGCCGAGGCGUGCAAGCGCGAGGGCGGCGACGCCGACAAGGGCGUCGACCGGCUGCUGGGCCUGGGCAGCUCCAGCGGCGCCGCGGGACGCCUGGCGCUGUCCCGGGAGGACAAGGAGGCCGCCAAGCUCGGGCUCUCCGUGUUCACGCACCACCGCGUCGAGAGCGGCAGGUCGGGGGCCGCCCCGCCGGGCAAGAAGACGCGCUCCGAGGACGCGGACUCCGGCCCGGAGUGUCAAAAGAAGAGCAGGAAAGAGAAAAAGAAAAAGAAGAAAAAGAAGCACAAAAAAGACAAGAGAGAAAAGUCGCACUGCAAGGAGGCAGCUUCUUCCCCACGGCCCCCGGCCCCCGCUCGGCACUGCCGCCAGGACUCAGAUCCCUCCUCCCACAGCAGCAAGAGAAGACGACAUGACAGUGAUUGA